AUGACGUCGUCGACAUCGGAUGCACGCGCGGUGACGAUUUUGACGACGUUUGCCGUCGUCGCGGCGUCCGCUGCGGUCGUCGUCGUCGCGUUGCGAGCGAGAGAGAGUUCGAGAGCGAACUCGAGCGCGAGACACGAGCGGGGAGAGCGAGCGGACGUGUUACGCGCGAUCGGAAACACGCCUCUGGUUCGCGUCGAGUCUCUCUCCGCGAUCACGCGCUGUGACGUUUACGCCAAGUGUGAAUUUCUCAAUCCGGGCGGAAGCGUCAAGGACCGCGUGGCGAGACGCAUCGUAGAGGAGGCGCUGGAGAGCGGUGAGUUGGUUGAAGGCGGCGUUGUCUGCGAGGGCACCGCGGGUUCUACCGGUGUCUCGCUCGCCAUGGUGUGUAGAGCGCUCGGCGUGGAGUGUUUCGUCGCAAUGCCGGACGACGCCGCGAUGGAAAAAUCGGCGCUUGUCGAGGCGUACGGAGCGCGCGUCGUACGAGUGCGACCGGUAUCCAUAGCCCAUCGGGACCACUUCGUGAACGUUGCGCGACGUAAGGCGGAGAGCGCGCGCGCGUCUCAUGGAGCUGGUGCUGGAUUUUUCGCCGAUCAAUUUGAAAAUUUGGCCAACUACCGAGCACACAAAGAGGGCACUGGUGUGGAGAUUUAUGACGAGCUCGGCGAUGCGUUGGAUGCGUUUGUGUGCGCGUGCGGUACCGGUGGGACGCUUGCGGGCGUUGGAGCAGCCCUAUUGGAGAAGAAUCCGGCCGUCAAAAUAUUUCUCGCAGAUCCACAGGGAAGCGGUCUUUUCAACCGCGUCGUUCGAGGCGUUAUGUACACACAGGAAGAGGCGGAAGGCAAGCGAUUGAAGAAUCCAUUCGAUACCGUCACCGAGGGCGUCGGAAUCAACCGCAUCACAGAAAACUUCAAGAUCAUGCUCGAACGAUCGAACAUGCUUGCCGGGGCGAUCAAGGUGAGCGACGUAGAAGCGGUAGCGAUGAGUCGGUUCGUGGCGAAACACGACGGACUCUUCAUCGGCAGCUCGAGCGCAGUCAAUCUUGUCGCCGCCGUGCGAGUGGCACAAUCGCUUGGACCCGGUCAUCGUGUGUGCACGAUCGCGUGUGAUAGCGGAUUACGACACAUGACAAAGUUCUGGAGCAACGAGUACCUCGCAGCGCACGGCUUAACACCUCGCGACGUCGAGUGUGGCGAGCGGCUCGAUUUCCUCGAUCGAGACGUCCAGGUGACUCCCGCGCGUUGCUACUAG